UAACUACCCUGAGUGCCCAGUAUACCCAAUCUUCGUCUUCCCCAAAUCCAGAACAAAGAGUAAAAACCCUAAUUCCAAAAUUCCAAAAUUCCCUCAGUUUGACUGGAAUGGAUCGAUAUGAAGAUCAAGAGCACGAGGUGUACGGUGGGGAGAUCCCUGAGGAGGAGGGAGAUAUGGAUGCGGAUGUGGAUGUGGACAUGUCGGGUGGAGCUGAGGAUUACGAAGCCAACGACCAAGAUCCUAAUUCCAACUCCAAAGACUUGGAAGACAUGAAGAGAAGACUUAGGGAGAUCGAGGAAGAGGCUGGGGCUUUACGUGAAAUGCAGGCUAAAGUUGAGAAGGAGAUGGGCUCCGUCCAAGAUUCCUCAAGUGCUUCUGCAAGUCAAGCUGAAAAGGAGGAAGUGGAUUCCCGCUCGAUUUAUGUUGGUAAUGUAGACUAUGCAUGUACACCAGAAGAAGUUCAACAGCAUUUUCAAUCCUGUGGAACGGUGAACAGAGUUACAAUCUUGACUGAUAAGUUUGGUCAACCUAAAGGAUUUGCUUACGUUGAAUUUGUUGAAAUUGAUGCUGUUCAGAAUGCUCUACUGUUAAAUGAAACAGAAUUGCACGGUCGUCAGUUGAAGGUCUCUGCAAAGAGAACAAAUAUUCCUGGAAUGAAACAGUAUCGAGGAAGGCCCAACCCUUAUUUCCGUUCCCGAAGGCCUUUCAUGCCUGGUCCUGUUUUCUAUCCUCCAUAUGGCUAUGGGAGGGUUCCGAGGUUCAGGCGGCCGAUGAGAUACAGGCCGUAUUAAGAUGGAUCAUUAAGCAGCAAAUUUGAGAAGACCAUCACUAUAAUGGUCACGUUGUUGUUGUAUAAUAUUGAAGGGCAAAGUUGAAGUACAGCUUCAGUGUGAAAGGGAGGGCCGAUCUAUUCUCAAAUUGUGAUGGACCCAUUAACUCGAGAUUUCCCUAUGCUUUACUUCAACGUUGAUUAACGAGUGUUGUGAAGUAUAAUUAAGAACUCCUUGUUGUAGAAACUACGAUUUAAUCUUCUCAGUUGUUUCCUGUUGCU